AUGGCUCUAUCACCACAAGAAUUAACUUUAAUUUUAAAUUCUGGCUCAGAACGUGAAAGGAAAUAUGCAAAGGUUAUUUUGCCGGUUAGAAAAGCUGGAAAUAAAUUACUUUGCACAAUACUUAUUAUGAAUGUAAUUGUUAAUUCAGCUAUAUCCAUUUUACUUGAAGAUUUAACUAGUGGAAUUAUUGCUUUUGGAUUAGCUUCUAUUGGAAUUGUUGUUUUUGGUGAAAUUGUUCCCCAAAGUAUUUGUAUUAAAAAAGGACUUCAAGUUGGAGCAAAAACUAUUUGGUUAACUCGUUUCUUCAUGUUGAUUACAUUGCCGUUAGCCUGGCCUAUAGGAAAAUUAUUGGAUUGCAUUUUGGGAGAAGAUUUAGUAAAUAUAAUUACUUUAAAAAUUAAAAUAUUUAAUUAA